AAAGCAGGAGAUUUUUAGGAAUCAUGAUCAUCAGUGGUGUGCAAUCCUUGUGUAAGCUACCCAAUCCUCGGUUGGCUGUUCCAGUUCUGGGUUCUUCUCCAUUUUUCAAUAAUCACCGCACCAACCUGAAUAGAUCAUUGAGCAGGGAUUUCAAGCAUUGUGAAGAUGGAAGAUUUGUCAAGGGCAGAUGGAUUGUUUGUGGAUGGCUAAUACCAGUGGAUCCAUGGGCACCCAACAUUGAUUCACAGAGCAUUGCUUCUCAACUUUUCGCAGUUUCUUUGUUUCCAUACAUUGGUUUCCUGUACUUCAUCACCAAAUCCAAAUCUUCUCCUAAACUCACCCUUUUUGGGUUCUAUUUCUUGCUCGCUUUCGUGGGGGCUACCAUUCCAGCUGGAAUUUAUGGUAAUUUCUCACAGCUGAAUGAGGUUUAUCUAUAUAACUAUAUGCAUUUUGAUUCAUUGGAGAGGUAAGUGCCUAACUUUAGUCUAUGUGGUUGAGACAGCAAAGGUGAAAUAUGGUACUUCCUUGUCUAAUGUGGAUUGGUUACAUGGAGGGGCUGAGUCGCUUCUCACUUUAACCAACUUAUUCAUUGUCUUGGGAUUGAGACAAGCUCUAAGGAAAGCUAAAGAUGCAAAAGAAAGCACAUUUAAUUCUGCUCCAGGUGUGAAAGAGCAGAAGAAGCCUACCCUAUGGAAGUAGCAGAAGGAUGUCGCUCAAGUACUCCAUCCUCUUGUCAGUUUGUCUUUAUUUUGCUCAUUUAUUACUGUAUUCUUAUUCUACUACCUGAUAAUGUUGCAGUAAUCUUUUGUUUGUUCUAUUCUGCACCUUCUCCUGCAAGUCCUGUUGUUUAACGUGUCACUGUUGUAGGUACUCUUCAAUCUGGGUGUUUCUGAUAUCAGCUACUUCUCAAAUUUCUAGAAGAUUAGGAGUUUCUUACCUGGGACCAUCUCCGCUGCUUACAAUCUCCUUGGUCUACUUCUACAUCUAGAUCUAGUUUGCCACCGUUUUUUGCUUUUAUUUGUCCUUUCUCUGUCCCUUUUUCUCCUGUAGCUUCCUAACAUGCUUUGUAACAAUUUCUUGAUGGAGGUAGUUUUGGAAUAUCUUAUGCAUUCCACCAAUUUAAGCUAAGAUUUCAUGUUAUGUUGCAUCCAUGGAAUAAAGCAUGCAGAUUGAAAUUCCAUUGCAUCUGCAAUUUCUCUAUUUCCCCUUCCUUAAUAAGCCCUUCAUGCCAUGUGGACAAACUGCCUGACAGACAAUCCAUUGAUUUUUAGUUUUGGGUAGUGUUUUGUUAGAUAU